CUGGAUUGUAAAAAUUUUCAGAGCUGAUUCCGCUCCUGCUCCCUUUUUUUCCAUUCCUCCGCUCCCUCUUUCAGUGGGAAUCCAGCGUGGCUCGCAAACACCCAGAAGCAAGCAGAAUGCGAGGAAUCUGCCCCCUAGUCUCGGAUUAUCAGCCCCAGUAACGGGGGGCAAGCGCUCAAAAAAAGAGGAGAAAAGAGAAGUGAGAAGAUUUAGGGGAAAGCAGCUGUGAAGGAGGAGGUGGUGGAGGGUACGGUCCCCCCUGCUACCCCUGGUGUCCGGCCCCCUUCCCCGUCCCCGCUCCUCCCUGCGCCCCGGGUCCUGUGAGGUCUCCCCUCCAUCCCCCUGACAGGCUGCCGUGGAGAUGGGACCUGGAGCCCUGCUGCCCUGCCUGUGCGCGCUUCUCUCCCUGGACCUCCCGGUGCCGGUGGAGCCGGCGGUGCCCCUGGAGGACUUCUACCCCUUCGGCCAGGACGAGGGGGACUCCCAGACCAUCAAGCAGGACGACGGGGGCUCCGGGCUGGUGGAGAUCUCCGUGGCGUACCCCUUCUUUGGCGACCGGCACACGGGGCUCUAUGUCAACAACAACGGUCUGGUGUCCUUCCUGAGAGAGGUGUCCCAGUUCACGCCCGUGGCCUUCCCCAUCGCCGGCGACCGGAGGGCGGUUGCGCCGUUCUGGGCGGACGUGGACAAUCGGCGGGCGGGACAGGUCUACUACAGGGAAAGCAAGGACCCCGCCAUCCUGCAGAGGGCUACUGCUGAUGUCCGCCGAUACUUCCCAGAGUUCCCUACCUUCACUGCCUCCUGGGCUCUCAUUGCCACCUGGCACCGAGUCACGUUUUUCGGAGGAAGCUCUUUCACACCGGUGAAUACCUUCCAAGUGGUCCUCAUAACCGACGGAGAGCUUUCAUUCACAGUCAUCCAGUAUCAUGACAUCACCUGGACUACUGGAAUGCAUGCCAGCAGCGGGGGGGACCUGGCUGGCCUGGGCGGCAUCGCAGCACAGGCAGGUUUCAACGCGGGUGACGGCAAGCGCUAUUUCAACAUCCCAGGGUCCCGCACUGACGACGUGGUGGACGUGGAGGUGACGACCAACGUGGGCUACCCUGGGCGCUGGGUCUUCCGCAUCGACGAUGCCCAUGUACAAGUGGGAGGCUGCAAUGCUUCAGCUUCUGUGUGUCCCAACCUGAGGCCGUGCAUGAACGGGGGGCGCUGCAUCGACGACUGCAUCACGGGCAACCCCUCCUUCACCUGCUCGUGCCUGGCCGGAUUCACCGGGCGGAGGUGUCAGAUAGAUGUAAAUGAGUGUGCCUCAUACCCGUGCCAAAAUGAUGGCACCUGCUUGGACCAGGUCAACAGCUUCUCCUGCCAAUGCCCGCCUGGGUAUACAGGAUCACUGUGUGAAACAGACAUCGAUGAGUGCCACGACCGACCGUGCCUCAACGGUGCUCAGUGUGUCCAAGGCGUGGGUAAUUUCACCUGUUUGUGCAAACCUGGCUUCACUGGGACUCUGUGUGAGACAGAUAUCAAUGAAUGCGAGUCACAGCCGUGUCUGAACGGGGGAGAGUGCAUCGACCGGAUGAACAACUACAGCUGCACCUGUCCUGCCAACUUCACUGGUGUACACUGUGAGACAGAAGUGGAGGUUCUGAGGAAUGCCUCGUCUACUGAGAAACCAACAGCUCCUUGCCAGGGAGAGGGCUGCUUGAGCCGGCAGACCUGCGAAUACAUCAGCGCCGGGAACUACAACUGCACGUGCUCCCCUGGUUACAUUGGCGACAACUGCGAAGAGGAGUGUCCGUGCCAGAACGGGGGUGUGUGCGUGGGCAUGAACGGCACCUGUGAAUGCCCGACAGGCUACACCGGCCUCUACUGUCAGUUAGAGGUCACUCAGACCCCCUGCAGCAACAGCAGGCCCUGCCCCGAUGGCGGACCCUGUCUGGAGUAUGGGGGGACAUACCUGUGCACCUGCCAGACGGGCAUCAGCGACAUCGACCACAAGGACUUCUACGCCUUCGUGCAGCCCCGAUCGGUCUGUGACUCCUCCCCCUGCCUGAACGGGGGCUACUGCUACGAGCGAGAUGGAGGCUACACCUGCGAGUGCAAGCACGGCUACCGGGGAAAGCACUGUGAGAAAGUCAGGUUAAGCAGCUGCGCGUCUGGCCCCUGCCGCAACGGCGGAUCCUGUAAGGAGGAAGGGGGCAGCUACCACUGCAUCUGCCCCUACCGCUUCACCGGCAAGCACUGUGAAGUGGGUAAGCCGGACCCCUGUGCCUCCAGCCCCUGCCUCAACGGGGGCACCUGUUUCCACUACAUCGGGAAGUACAAGUGCGAGUGCGCCGGUGCGUACAGUGGGAGACACUGUGAGAUCAGCAGGGUGUCUGCUCACAGCCUGCCAGGGCUGGAUUGUGGCCCGCCGGCACAGGUGAAGCACGCCGACAUGCACUUCACCUCCAGGAAGCCCGGCUCCAUGGCUGUCUACACCUGCCACCCCGGCUACACCCCCAUGCCCCGGGCCACCCAGAGCAUCUGCGGGAGCCAGGGGUCCUGGAGCCAACCGCCCGUGUGCGAGGAGAUCAACGAGUGCCUGUCCCAGCCGUGUCUGAACGGGGGGACAUGUCGUGACCGCGUGGCGGCCUAUCUGUGCGAGUGUGAGGAGGGCUUCAGUGGCCCCCGCUGCCAGACAGAUGCGGACGAGUGUCUGUCGGAGCCCUGCAAAAAUGGAGGGACCUGCCUGGACCAGCCCGGCUCCUACUUCUGUCACUGUCCGCAGGGGUUUAUGGGACAGGACUGUGAAUUCGAGCAGGAUGGGUGCGAGUCAAACCCCUGUCAAAACGGGGGAGUGUGUCGUGGCUACAGAGGAAGUCGUCUGUGCGUGUGCAAGGAGGGAUUCAUUGGUGACCGAUGCCAAAUCUUGGAGAAUCCCUGUAUAUCACAGCCCUGUGGAAACCGUGGCUUCUGCCGCAAUGACCGGAGGGGGAAUUACAGCUGCACCUGCCGGGUGGGCCACACAGGCAGGGACUGUGAGAAAGACCUGCUGCCCCCCUCUGGCCUGUACGUGCUGCGGGUGGAGGAGAGCGAGGUAGAGCUGCGCUGGGACCUGCCAGACGCUCCCCAGAGCCUCAUCAGCGGCUUCGCUAUCACCUACGCGCCCCUGGGCCGCGGCACCCGCAAGACCGACUUCCUGGACAAGCUGCACUCCACCCAUCUUCUGCGGGGCCUGGCGCCGGGCUCUGUCUACAACAUCUCCACAUACGCCGUCAAGCGCAACGCCAACAGCAACGACAUCAGCCAGCCUGCUGUGGCUCUCAUCCGCACCCGGCCCAGGAAGGUGGAGCAGCUGCAGGUGGUGAACGUGACGUCCUCGCAGGUGUGGCUCCGCUGGUUGGUACAGACGGCUCAGCUCUUGGCCGUCAGCCAGGUUCGGGUGACCCUCGUGCCCUCGGAGGGCAGCGGGACCCGCACCGCCCUGGUCAACAGCAGCGUCACCGAGUACAGCUUCAGCUCUCUGCUCCCAGGUCAGCUUUACACCAUAGAUGUGCUGACUCAGAGUGGCCUCAGACCAGAGGAACUGCCCUCCACUAGCCAGUCUGCUGGGCCGCUGCGUGUCUGGACCAGACCCCUUCCCCCUCAGAACCUCUCCCUGGCCCACGUCACCACCACCUCUGCUCAGGUCACAUGGGACCGCCACCCCAGGAGUCUUCCGGACGGCUUCGUGGUGAAUGUGACGCGGGGCCUGAGCACUAGGAGUCGCUACCUGCCCAACGGGAAGAUGGGCGCGUACACUCUGCGCGACCUCGUCCCCGGUCAACACUACCGCCUGGCGCUGACCGCCAUCCUCAACACCGACUGGGAGCAGGUCCACAGCGUGCCCCAACACCUGGCCUUCACCACCCUGCCUAUGGAAGACCGUCCGGAGAGGAGGGAGAGGCCCGCUCAGCCUGUGCGGGAGCGGCAGGUUGGCCGCCAUCCCCUCAGGCCCGUGGUGCAGCAGGAACUGGACGGGGUGGUGGAGCAGGAGCCCCCCAGGGAGCCGCCCAGAUACACAGAGCUGAUCGAUGGCAGAGGAAGGAUAACAGCCAAGUUCAACAACCUGUCUAGGAAGUCCAUAAGACACCGUCCCCAACCUCAGCCCCCAAUCAAAUUAGAGAGAAUGGAGGAGACAACCAAUAAAAUCAGUCUGGCACUAGAAAUCCCAGAGGAAGUGACGAGGAGAAGGUCUGAGCCUCCGCGGGACUGCCGGAGCCUGCCCUGCCAGAACGGAGGGACGUGUGCCAGGGGGGGAGACUCCUUCUCCUGCGACUGCGCCGCUGGGUUCAAGGGCAGGCAGUGCGAGCUGUUCUGUCAGAAAGUGGCACACCCCUGCACUCGCCUCUACUCUGAGACGAAGACUGUGCCCGUGUGGGAGGGAGAUGUCUGUCAUUACCUGUAUAAAAGGACCUAUAAAGUCCAGCAGGACGUGUGCUACAGAGAAAUCUGUGAGCCGAUCUCAUCUAAGAAAACUUCCAGCAGAACUCACAGGCAACAAUGAAAGAUUGGGAAGCGCCUCUCAGAAGGUAUUGUGAAGGAACUGGGAUGGACACAAGAAAUCCCCCAUACAGACUGGCCCCAGCAGCUCCAACUUAAAGUCUGCAAGGCUUAAACAAGCGCCCCCAUUUGCUCCACCUUCUAACCCACAAAUUGCCUGCUGGAUCAUUGGAAGCACAUGCCAAUCAAAGGGUUCCAAGCAAGAGACUGAUACUCCGUGUGCAGCGGAAAAGAUGACUGGACUCAUGACACUCCUGUCCCUGCGUAGAAACAUACCUCAGAUGUCCGAGCUGAUGCAUUGAACACGUUUUGUAUGUACUGGCAGUGCAGUCCCUCAGGGAAAUGGUACAGCACUGCCUAUAACCAUUCUCGCAUACAAAAACCCACCAGAAAACUACACCUUGUUUUACCAUCGGUUAGCAAGACCGUACACUCACUGUCAUUACUUUCAGCAAAAGCAGCUUUAAAGCCUGUCGUUCGAUGGAAAACAGUUGUCUCAGUAUCAGUGGUCCUUUGUAGCUCUUCAGCUCCACUCUCGACUUCAUCUCUCUAAACCAAACUUCUGUGCUAGCUAUCGUGUAAAUAGUGUUUAUAGACUGUUUUUGUAGGUGAAUAUUUUAAUAAUAAAAAGGUAAAAUGUUGUG